GAGAAAACAGAGACACAGAAAUCAGAGAGAGAGGGGGAAUCAGAGAGAAAAUUACAACGAAAACGAAAAACAAAACCAGAGAAGGAGAGGAAAAAAGAAGAAAAAGAAAGUAGUUUUGGCAGAAUACAAAGACGAUUCUCUGAUUCCCGUUUAAGGGAUCAGAGGAUCAUCUCCUUUUACCAUCACCAUCAUCAUUACCAUUCAUUAUUCACCAUCAGAGCCUUUUAUAAAAAACCCCAUUGGUUCAAAUUUUGUUAUUAUGAAUCUUAUUAGAGUUUUUCUCUUCUCAAACUCUUUCCAAUAAGAAACCCAGAAAAUAGAAAUUCCUUUUUUAUUUCUGUUGUUUAAAUUGUUUGUGUCUGUCAUUAAAUAUAAGAAGAAGAAAGGAAGAAUAAUGGGUUUGUUAUCAGAACCGCAAAUGGAAGGAAGAAUGGAAGGAUGGUUAUAUCUAAUUCGUUCUAAUAGAAUUGGAUUACAAUAUUCACAGAAACGUUAUUUCAUUCUCGAAAAUCAUCAUCUCAAGAGAUUUAAAUCUAUUAAGAAAGAGGAACCUGUUAGAAGUGCAAUCAUUGAUUCCUGCGUGCGGGUUAUGGACAAUGGCAGGGAGAGCAUUCAUAGAAAAGUAUUUUUCAUUUUUACCCUAUAUAAUACCUCAGACCACAACGAUCAUCUUAAGUUGGGAGCAACUAGUUCAGAGGAAGCAGCAAAGUGGAUUCGUUCGUUCCAGGAAGCUGCUAUGAAGGAAUGUGUGGCCCCAAGAGAGAAUAUUUUGGAUGGUUCCAAGAAAAUGUGGCAAUCUUUCAGGUUAAAUGGUGCAAAAGCAAGAGGUCGUACAAACUCCAUAGAUUGGACUCUUUGCUCACCUACAAACCAGGAUCCGGUGGAUGUUAUUGCUCCGUCUCCUUGGACAAUAUUUGGCUGUCAAAAUGGAUUACGUCUGUUUAAAGAGACAAAAGAUAUUGAUCUCAUUGGGAAGAACUGGGAUGACCAUCCAGCAAUAAUGGCAGUUGGUGUAGUUGAGGGAACUUCAGAGGAUGUGUUUCGUACACUUAUGUCACUUGGUCCAUCGAGAUCAGAGUGGGAUUUCUGUCUAUCCAGAGGUAGCGUGAUUGAGCACCUUGAUGGUCAUAACGAUAUUGUCCACAAGCAGCUGAACAGUGAUUGGUUACCGUGGGGGAUGCAAAAAAGAGAUCUACUAUUGCGGCGAUAUUGGAGAAGGGAAGAUGAUGGAACAUAUGUAAUUCUAUACCACUCUGUGUUUCACAAAAAAUGUCUACCCCAAAAUGGCUAUGUUCGUGCUUGCCUUAAAAGUGGAGGAUACGUAAUAUCUCCAGUGAACCAAGGGAAACAAACAGUCGUGAAACACAUGCUUGCUAUUGAUUGGAAAUUCUGGAAGUCAUAUGUAAUAACAUCGUCAGCCAAAUCUAUAACCAUCCGUAUGCUUGGUAGAGUUGCAGCAUUAAGAGAAUUUCUUAGAGCCAAAUCUGGAAAGUACUCAGAUACGCCCUCUUUACAGCUGACAAGAGAUAUUGGGUUGCCUCUUACUGAGAAAGAGGAAAUUAAAGUUGAAGUGAAAACCCAUGAAGAGAACAGGAAAAGUGAAGGAGGGUUAGUGGAAGAAGAGUUAGAGAAGUCAUCUUCCGUAGCUGUUAGCCUUGGGGGACUAACUGAUGUGACUGAUGAAUUUUUUGAUGUUCCCGAGCCAUCUGAUUACCCAAUGGAGUACGGGUGGGGUUCUGACACGAGUCCAGAUAUGCAAUCUCAGGACCUACGCCAGCCAAAGCUUUCAUCAGCCGCUAAUUUUGUGAAAAAGUUGCAUGAUCUUGCGGUUCAGAAGAAAGGAUACAUGGAUUUACAAGACAUGGUGAAGGAAGACUCUCUCACAUGCUGUUAUGGUACCACACUGCCUAAAGACGCGAGCUGUAACAUGCCUUGCAGUUGGAAUCAAGCAGAUCCAUCCACAUUUCUUAUUCGUGGGCCUGAUUAUUUAAAAGACCAUCAGAAGAUCAAGGCAAAAGGUACCUCGAUGCAAAUGGUUGCUGCAGAUUGGUUAAGAUCUGACAAACGAGAGGAUAAUCUUGGGAGCCGCCCUGGAAGCAUUGUUCAGAAAUAUGCUGCACAGGGAGGUCAAGAGUUCUUCUUCAUUGUAAACAUUCAGGUUCCAGGUGCAACAACAUACAACCUUGUACAGUAUUACAUGAUGACUAGCCCAGUGGAAGAAAAUCCUUUAUUGAUGAACUUUAUCAAUGGAGAUGAUGCAUAUAGGAAUUCGAGGUUCAAGCUUAUACCCUACAUUUCGAAAGGGUCAUGGAUAGUAAAGCAAAGUGUUGGAAAGAAAGCAUGCCUAGUGGGUCAAGCGCUUGAAAUCAAUUACUUCCGGGGAAAGAAUUACUUAGAGCUUGGGGUUGAUAUUGGAUCGUCAACAGUUGCAAGGGGUGUAGUCAGUCUUGUUCUUGGUUACUUGAAUAACCUUGUUAUCGAAAUGGCAUUUUUGAUUCAGGGCAACACACAGGAGGAGCUUCCGGAGGUUCUUCUCGGAACAUGUCGGUUUAAUCAUCUAGAUGCCUCAAAAGCAGUUUUAAUAGGACCUUGAUGUAACGCAAACAAAGUUUCUGUUCCACCAUCACUGUCGAUAACCUAGUGCUCAGAGUAAAUGAAAUUUCUAAUAUUUGAAAGCAACGUUAAUGGCGAUAUGUUCUACUAAAAAAUCUAAAAAAAGAAAAGAAAAAGAAAAAAAAAAGGAGAAGGAAAGAAAGAAAGAUAUAAACAUUUUGUCAUUUAAAUUCUUUAAUUCGGUUCGUAUAUGUUCAAAAGUUGGAAUCAGUUGUAAUUUUUCUCCAUUCUGACAUCUUUAGGGAGGGAAAAUCACAUAUUUUGUAAAGAUAACGCUCUCUCCGAGUAGUCAGAUUUCAUUCUUCAAUUCAUUUUCUGUUACUAAUGAAUCGUAUAUUUGUACUUAUUCUUUUAUGAGUAUGGAAUGAUUAUCUAUUAUGUUA